AUGACGGGCCGACGCGGUCGCGCUGGAGGUCGUGGGGUCUCACAAGAAGCCGCCUCGGCUGAAUUGCCCACACCCCGAGGCCCACAAACCAGAUCGACUCGGCGUGCUGAGGCAUCCAAACUGAAUCAAGAUCCAGUCCCACGACGUGGGGCACCCCGGGCAUCAACAGUUAAUAGCAUUCCUAGCGUUGCCACCACCGACUUUCCUCGGAGCAGUUAUCCAGCAAGCAGUCCCCCGUCUAGGAAACGGGCACUUCGACCUUCUGGAAGUCCUGCGUCUAAGAAACAACGUCUUUCCUCUGUGGCUAAACACGGCAGGUCUCUGUUAAAGAGAUCAGGGCCGAACAAUGGUCCCCGUGAUGGCAACACGGCAGACGAAGCCAGAACUAAUGCCGGUGCUACUGCCCCCGAAAUGAUCCCAGAAGAGGUAAUGGAGGACAUUAUGGAUGACACCAUCAGGAGCAGCUCCAAGCUCUAUGAGCAUAUCAUCUCCCUCGGCGCCCGGAAACCUACCGACAACUGGCGCUCGAGGUUGCAAUACUUUCAGCGGACUCACAACUCCGUACGCAGCAACUUCGUAGCUGAGUCUGAGCCUUUCAUAUCCUCGGAAGCUUUUGAACGCAAUUUGCCCUAUGAAGUUGGCACCAAGUCUUUUCUGGCCGCGAAGAAAGUCAUUUGCUUUGCCAAUCUGGCCUCGCUCCUUCGAUUCAUCGUGGACCUCAAAUAUCAGAACAAGCCGGCUCGACCAAUCCUUGAGGAACUCGACCGCCUCUUCCCGAACAUGUUUGAUCCUUUCAUGGAGGAUAUCACCUCUAGCUUUGACUUGGCGUUUCGGAUCCGCUGCUGCAACAUGGUAGCUACAAUAAAAGACGCACCAGACUCGAAUCGCUUCCUCCUGGCUGCUGCCUCGUUCUGCGAUGACGAGGUGGAAUCUCCUGAGGAUGCCCAACAAUUGCUCCUCAUGGGACCAUUCAAGCCAGUAGCCAAUGUAGACGUAAAUAGCGAUCAAGAUUAUCUGUUGCACAUGGCCGAUAUCUACUCCUACUUGUUUUCCAAUACGCGAGCUCAGAUGAUAAAGGAUCUGGAAAACGCUUAUCCUCUGGAAGACCUCCUGCGAGACUUGGAAGAUUGGUUGUCCAAUAUGUUCCCGCGUCUGUACAAGGGCAAAGCCCCGGUCCACACCCCGCUGCUAGCAACGGACGUGAUCGAUCAAGAAGAGGAUUCCAUGUUUGUCGACGAAGACGACAACGCCGCCAGCGACUCUGGCGCCUCUAGCGACUCGGACUCGGAACCCGAGGAAGAAAUCAUACGAACUGGAGCACCUAUUGAGAGUUUCCUUGAUGAUAAAAUCACUCUUGAGACCGUGGUGCAAAAGCAGCGUCGAGCUACGCCCCCUUCAAAUCAGCAAGCCAACAGAGGCCUUCCAGCCAUCGACCCACGCAAGCUACUUGGUCUCGAUUUUCAGGAGGCCCGAAGCAGUCUUGGCCAAAAUAUGCCGCGGCUCGAAGCUGUCAUUCGAGAGCCGCAAGAAAGUCACGAAAGACCUGGACCCAAGGGACCGCAUCCCACUGUCGACGGUGAGGAGGAUGUCUUUGGUGACGAAUACCAAACCGACGUACGGCCUACAGAUGAAUCACGGCGAAUUCCAAAGCUGCCGACGCCAAACCGCGCUCAUUUCUCACGGCAAACCGCUGCGAGCAAAUCCGAACGCUCACCUUCUCUCGGUGCUACCCCGGGACAGGAAUAUCCUGAGCGUCUGGUCGCAGGCGAUUUAAUGGCCCUUUCACAGAAGGCCAAGGCAAUUUCCCGCAUCGAAAGUGCCAGGCAAGCCAAAGGCCCACAAAAACGAACUUUCUGGACCCUAGAUGACAAUAAGACACUCAUAUCAGCCAUUCCUAAGUAUCAAUGUUCUUGGGCGGCGAUCGAAGAUGCAGGGCUGUUUUCCGUCUUCCGCACGCAGCAGCAGAUCCGAGAUCGGGCGCGCAAUCUGAAGGUCGACUUCCUCAAGGCCGAUGUGCUCUUGCCUGCCGGGUUUGACGGCGUCUGUCUUGGCAAGAAGGAGAGGGAGGCUGUCAUUAAGUGUAGGAGAAACCCGGACAGGACUGAAGAGGAUGUGGAUGAGGAUGGCACCGUCAUCAAUACCAUUUAUGACCCUGAGGUGGAGGAUCCCUUUGCUUGA